UCGACCACAAAUCAUCAAUGGCGCUUUUACGCCACCUUCUUCUUCUUCUUGCUUCCCUCUGCUGCACCAUUUUCACUGCACAAUCCACCGACCCUUCUGGUCUGUUCUGCAACACCGCCAGCAAAAACCUCAACUCCCAAACAUCAACAAACAUCCUUAAACUGUUAACCAACUUGGUCCCGGCGGCGUCGCGAGCUGGCUACGCCACCGCCGCGUACGGCGGCUCCGGGAACAAAGUCUACGGUCUGGCUCAGUGCCGAGGCGACGUUAGCUCCAAGGACUGCUCGUCUUGCAUCCAAGAAGCCGCUAAGGAGAUCAGAAAACGCUGCCCCGACCGCGUCGACGCCAGGAUUUGGUACGAGUAUUGCUUCCUCCGGUACACCGACGACGAAUUCUUCGGAGAAGUCGACACCGGGUACGGCAUUCUGUACGCUAAUGUCGCGAACGUGACGGACCCCGAGAGGUUCAACGAGAAGCUGGGGAAUCUGGUGGAUGGGAUCAGUAAAGAGGCGGUGGUCCCAGAGAACAGAGGGCUGGGGAAGGGGAAGACGAAGCUGUCGGAUUUUCUGACGUUGUAUGCGCUGGUGCAGUGUACUAGGGACUUGUCGCCGGUGAACUGUGCGCAGUGCCUGGCCAUCGCCGUCGGGAACAACUUCCCGGGGUUCUGUAAUGACAAGAAAGGGUGCCGGGUUUUAUAUAGCAGUUGCUAUGUCCGAUAUGAGCUUUAUCCCUUUUACUUCCCUCUCGAUCCGCCGGAAAAAUCCACCGUCGCCGCGUCGGAAGCAAGGAACUACCGCUCAACCGUAGUUCACAAACGUUCUUGAUGAUAUCCGGCAUGCAUGGUACGACGUAAGGGUGGUCGUCCAGCUAUAUAUAUCCUAUAAUAAAUAAUUAGUAUUAUAUGUUGUUUGAUAAUACUUCCUUUUUAUGAAAUUGAUGCAUGAAAUGUUAUG